UCUCGCAGGGGAGCCACGGCUGUCCGGUAAUGUUGUCUGUUACUCUGUUUGCAGUGUUGCCGCGAUGGAGAACAAGGGUAAAAAGAAGUUUGUGGGGAACAGUGGGAAAGGACCUCGUAGUAAAGCGCCGCACUGGAAAAGGAAAUUUAAAAAGGAUGAUGAUUCAGGUCUACCAAAGAAAGUCUUUAAGAAAGGAGAUGAGGAAGGAAAGCCUAAAUCCAUUUCCAAGAAAUUUGCUAAAGGACAGUUAAGACCUGGAAAAGCUACUGUCAAACAAUUCAAGAAUAAACAGCAACCAGAAAAGUUUGCAAAGAAGAGAAAACUCCAGGACAGUGAAGAGGGAGGGUCAGAUUCUAAGAAGCCAAAAUGGAAUGACUUCAAAAAGAAAAUGAAAGAGUUAAAGCAAACUAGACAAAUUAAUGAUAAAAGUAAUUAUGACAUAAUUGUAAAAUCAAAACAAAUAUGGGAAAACAUGAGAAGGAAGAAAUGUGAUAAGGAGAAACGAGAAAAGCUGAUGAAUGAACUACAAAAGCUUCUUCAUGGGAAAAUUAAAAAUCUGGCAUUUGCGCACGAUUCAACCCGAGUGAUCCAGUGCUUUAUUCAGUAUGGUAAUGAGAAGCAAAGGCAAGAGACUUUUGAAGAAUUGAAAGAUAGCCUAAUAGAGUUGAGCAAGUCAAAGUAUUCCAGAAAUAUUGUGAAGAAGUUUCUUAUGUAUGGGACGAAAGCUCAAGUUGCAGAAAUAAUAAAAAGUUUUAGAGGCCAUGUGAGAAAAAUGCUGCGUCAUGCUGAAGCAUCUGCUGUAGUGGAAUAUGCAUAUAAUGACAAAGCCAUUCUGGAGCAGAGGAAUAUGCUUACAGAAGAGCUAUAUGGGAACACUUUCCAGGUUUACAAGACACCGGCUGUCCCAACACUGGAUAAAGUGCUAGAAGCUCAACCUGAAAAGAGAGAGGCCAUCCUGGAUGAAAUGAAGCAGAUUCUUACACCAAUGGCACAAAAAGAGGCGGUGAUCAAGCACUCACUGGUACAUAAAGUAUUUUUGGACUUUUUCACUCAUGCUCUUCCGAAACAAAGAUCUGAAAUGAUAGAAGCUAUCAGAGAGGCUGUCAUCUACCUGGCACACACUCACGAUGGAGCCCGAGUAGCAAUGCACUGUUUAUGGCAUGGCACUCCCAAGGACAGAAAAGUAAUUGUGAAAACUAUGAAGAUGUAUGUUGAAAAGAUAGCUACGGGUGAAUUUUCUCAUCUGGUCUUGCUGGCAGCAUUUGAUUGCAUCGAUGACACUAAACUAGUGAAGCAGUUAAUUAUAUCAGAAAUAAAGGCUUCUUUGCCUGAUAUAAUAAACAACAAAUAUGGAAAGAAAGUCCUGUUGUACUUGCUAAGUCCUAGAGAUCCUGCACAUUUUGUUCCAGAAAUCAUCACACUUCUACAACAGGGAGAUGGAAAUGCCUAUAGUAAGAAGAAUACUGAGCUCCGUCACCAUGAACUUCUGGAAGCCAUUUCUUCACCUCUGCUGGAAUAUUUGCAAGAACAUACCCAAGAAGUAGUGAUAGACAAAGCUACUUUUGUCUUGGUUGCUGAUAUUCUAAGAACAGCUCUUGGUGACAUCCAGCCUGCACUAGAUGCAAUUGCUAAGUUAGCAGCAGAAGAGCUGGUUCCAGGGGGCCGUGAUGGACAGCUUCACAUUGCAGAACAUCCGGCAGGCCAUCUAGUUUUGAAAUGGUUAAUAGAGCAAGAUGAAAAAAUGAAAGAGAGUGGAAAAGAAGUUUGCUUUGGUAGAACACUGGUGGAACAUGUUGGUAUGGAGAAUCUGAAGACCUGGGCAGAAGUAAAUCGAGGCGCCAUUAUUCUUUGUUGCCUUCUCCGAAGCACUGAUGAAAAGGUGGUAAGCACAGUCAAAAAAGGACUAAAAAAGCUCAUCCCAAAGCUGAAGCGGAAUAGAGAUGUAAAAGGAAUAGAAGCAUUACUGGAGAAAUUGACUUCCUAG